CUGUCAAAGCUGUCGCGCAGCAGCCCCUGAUGUUCGGCGUGUGAAACCCCGUCUGUCUCUCCGUACGGCACCCUAGCUGAAGACGGUAUGUCUUAAACUCUGAAGCGUUAAAAUACCCCAAAACUGGUCUUAUUCAGCGCCUUUAAAUGUAACUUUUGUUCCCUGUGUGUUUCAGAAUCAUGCCGGCUAAAGGUCCUUUGCAGUCUGUCCAGGUUUUUGGACGUAAAGUGAGUAAAAUAACGGAAUAUAAUCCACGUGUGGUGUUGUAGCUGCUCUGCACUGCUAGCCGUUCGUUAGCUUAGCUAGCUAGCACGCAGAGGUUGUGUGUCGUUGUGUUACAGUGUAAAGUGACUUGAUAUUACUCUUGUUAUGGCUCAAAAUGACUUUAAAACACACUUAAGUGUUUUGAAAGCGGUGAAGCUUUUCUGGUUGAUCUAAACUAACCUGUUAAGUUGUUGCUACAGGUUAGCCGUCGGACCGGUGUGCUGUCAGUGAGUUAGCAUAGUUUGCUAACAUGGCAGCCUCCAGUCAUCCUUAACAGAAAGCAUGAAAACAGACCCCAUGCUCUGAUUCAAGUAUAUUCACAAUUGUAAAACUCAGAGACUCUCUCACGUGAUUGUUUUGGGAAUUCAGGGAAUCUUAAAUGAAUAGAAUGAAUCAGACAGGGAUGUCUUUCUGUAAAUACUUGCUGUUAUAAUACAUUUCAUGGUUUAUUGGGAUAUUUAAUGGUUCUAUUGUUUCUGUCCUAGAAAACCGCCACAGCAGUCGCCCACUGUAAGAGGGGGAAUGGUCUGAUCAAGGUGAACGGCAGACCCCUGGAGAUGGUGGAGCCCGCAACCCUCCAGUACAAGGUAACGUAACAUCCCUCAUCUGGAGUGCUCUUAAACAUCUGGCAUUAAAUAUGGUAGACAACUAUGUGACACAGCGCAGAAACUAAAUCUAGUUCUUAACAGAAGCUUCAUGCAAUAUCCCAGCAAUGGAUUAAAUCUCAAUGUAGCAAAGUUGGAAUCACAAUCUGAAUUAUUUACAAUUAUUAACAACGAAGUACCUUUUUUUUCCCCCUCAUCCAACUUUUCAUCAAAUGCCACAUUUGCAGCACAGUGAUAGUGGUUUGAGAAUUUAUGUCGUCAAGUUAAUGCAGUCAGAGUCAGGAGAAGCAGCUGAAAGAGUAAAACCGUGAUAAAUGAAAGGCAGAUGGAGUUGUAGCAAAAGAGUGUGAACAGAUCAGUGUGUUAGGUGAUUGAAAUCAUGACACCGAAGCCCAGCACUGAUUGGCAUUUUAGUUUCCCAGAGAUUCAUCAGAAUGUAGCCUAAAGAAACUUAUCUCGACCUCAUUGUAUUUUCAAUAAAUCUUGCUGCAUUACUCCUUUUUUACAUUAUACUUUGCAAUACAUUCAGUGCAAUGAUGAAGAAACACAUUAACAAGUGUGAAAUGUUGCAUCUUUCAUUUAUUAAAGCAGUGGUCCUCAAGUCCAGUCCUCGAGGCCUACUGUCCUGCAUAUUUUAGAUGUUUCCCUGCUCCAACACACCUGAUUCAAAUGAUCAGCUUGUUAUCAAGAUCCGUAAUGGCUCAAUAACGAGCUGAUCAUUUGAAUCAGGUGUGUUGGAGCAGGGAAACAUCUAAAAUAUGCAGGACAGUAGGCCUCGAGGACUGGACUUGAGAACCACUGUACUAAAGCAUGCCUGUCUGGUAGGGUAAUGCGGUUGAAGAAUUCAUGUAAUGGUACUAAAAGGUACGAUACCCUAAUUCUAAAUUUUAACAGCUUUGACUUAAUUUUUGUAAUACUUGCAAAAUAAAGUGCCAGACUGUCCCUCAGCUUUUUAAAUACACUAGGGAUGUGAAUCGAGAACCGGUUAUUGUUGAGAACUGAUUCCAAAUGGUUCAAUCAGUCGACAUUGUUUACUUUUUAUCUUACCAAUUCCCUUAAUGAUUCCUUUCUCACGGUCGCCUUGAAAAAUGGUCUAUGGGAAUGAGAACAGGAUGGUACAAAAGUAGGCAGAAAGUGUGGCAUACAUCUCUUUCUGUUAUUAGAGACUCAAUAAAAUUUUGAGAUAGCAGUGGAAACCUAUGGUCUCCUUUUUUUUUUAUUUUUUUUUUUUAAUCCAACGAAGGCAUCAAUACACACACACUUGUCUCCUGCUCACCUCCCUGCUCCCCUUGCUCCAUUUGUGUAUGAUAGUUUCCUUCGCUGCAGCACAUGUGAAAGAUACUGCAGUCCUGGAUUAAUUUAAGAGGCAUCCGUGACUUUUUUGUGCUCCCAAACUUUGUUACACAUGGGUCUGUGUAAAGAAUUAAUAAGGUAUAAGAGUGAGCUGUUGGGAGGACACACUGUGCUGUGAGGGCGCAGGGAGAAGGUACGCUUCAUUCACCUUGUAAGACAAAACGAGCACAACCCAGCAGGCGGCGCAUUAAUUGUUUAAUUUCAAUUAUAUUUUAAUGAUAGCAGGGAGUUGUAAUCGUAACUGCAAUUAAAAUUUAAUGAAUUUUCCCAGCUGUACCACAUUGCUCACAUACCUGUUGCUUUAACAGCUUUUUCUUGUCAUGAUUUUUUAACUGUAAGGUUUUCUUCCCUUCACGCUCUCUGUUUAGCUUCUGGAGCCAGUGCUGCUGCUGGGAAAGGAGCGUUUUGCUGGAGUUGACAUCAGAGUCAGAGUGAAGGGUGGUGGACAUGUGGCACAGAUCUACGGUAAGCAAAGCAGGACAUAUUUACCUUUUGCCUACAUCGGCCUGUUUUUGUGUUUACGUCUCUGAUUCAAUGUUUUUUUUCUUCCAGCUAUCCGUCAGGCUAUCUCCAAAUCCCUGGUCGCCUACUAUCAGAAAUGUGAGUUGAAGUUAAUUUUAGUGCUUUCACAUCUUUAGUAGUGAUGGGAGACAGUCAUUAACAAAAUAUGUGGCUCAUAAGAACUAUAACACUCCAACACAGUGAUUCUGAAGUGACUAAACACAACAUCCGCAUGUCCAGAUGCGUGCUAAUUGAGCCAGCAAAUUAUUUCAUUCGUAUUUUGACUUCAUAGGUUAGUCCAACAUGUACCUGUUCUUCAUAUAAAGAGCCAUCUGACACCUUGUUGUCAAGAGAGGAGUAAAAUCAGGUGCAGAAAAAUCUAAAACAGAAGUCUAUGCGGACUAACCUUUCAUCCCUCUGCAGAUGUGGACGAAGCCUCCAAGAAGGAGAUCAAGGACAUCCUGAUCCAGUACGACAGGACCCUGCUGGUUGCUGACCCACGUCGCUGCGAGUCCAAGAAGUUCGGUGGACCUGGAGCUCGUGCCCGCUACCAGAAGUCCUACCGUUAAUCCCCCUGUACAUUUUCUUAAUAAAUUGGAGGAACAAAAAUGUUCAUGUGUAGUUUCUUUAAUUCAGUAAACAAACCCGUUUACUAAUGCUUAAUGUAUUUUUAAGACUGAUGUUGCCCUUAGAGUUUAAAAUGCUGGAUUUCAAAUAUCAAAUAGAGGUGUAGUCCCAGCACAGAAAUAUGCUGAUCUGACGAUUAGAUAAAGUUGUCUUCAAGGGAUGAGGUGCGGAUAUUUGGGAGUUUAUUUCAAGCUACACUAUUCAGUCCUCUGAGGGAUUGAGCAACUUUGUGUCUCACAAAUUUAGAUGUGACGUUUCUUCGAUUCUUCAUGCUGUGUCCAAGUGUUUCCGGUGAUACAUUUUUUAACUACAUCCAUGUAAUUCAAACAGACGAACAUUUUUCUAGGAAAUAUUGCAUCUGUGCUGGUGAGUGAAUACCAAACUAGCUAGAAAUAGUGCUGUUCGUAUGUAUAUAUUUCAUAUUAGGCUGCCCAUAGCUGUAUGAACAUAUGGCCCUUCUCUGUGUUUGUACAGUUUAGUAUCGUCACCAGCAGAGGGAGCCAAAACCCAGCAGUGAAUAAGGGAUAGCUAUCCCCUCUGGCAUUCAUUAGGAAACUUCAUUGCUGCUUGUUUCCUUAAGUGACUUAUUCCUCAUGCAGAAAGAUGUGACUGAUAAAUGUGCACCAUGUUAUAUUUUACACUGUCUUCAAUUUGUAAGACUGCCUUUGAGCAUACCACAUGAAAUCUUUCUUGAAUAUCUAGCUGCAUUACAAGCUGAUGCUGUUGCUCUGACACCUCCUUUAGUAUAAUGUUGAGAAACAUAAAUGUGAUGCUGUUGCAAAGCCAGGUCACCAUGGUUUAGAUUUUAAAUGUGCUGCUGGUUUGAUGGACUGUUUUUCAUUGAGGCAAGUAAUCAUUUUUUUAUUUUUAUAAGUGUGUAAUGAAGGCUAGAGUUUCACAUUCGCCUCAGUUUGGGUGUAUUUUGUCAACCUUUUCUGCUCUAACAGGAAAGCCUUGCAAAAAUAAUCCAAACAUCAAUUUUACAGAUAAAAAGCUUGUGUUCUUGUGCUUCUCAGUUUAUCCUGCAUCCAAUUUCAACAGAGCAUUUCUGCGCUUUUUCCACUGAUUUCUCCUUGUUUCUCACCCCCAGUGCCGAUUCACAAACUCACCCCUCUCCACCACCACCACCACAACAACGGCGCUAUAAUGAGCUCGUCUUUGCUGAGCUGAGGUCCAGAUGUUGCUUGCCUCUCUGUGGGCAGCCGGCAGCAGCCGUUCCCGCUCGGUGAGCACCCGGGGGGGAUCAGGCCAGUGUACGGCCCUCCAAUAAUCAACACAGCAGGGAAGCCCACUCCCCACUGCUACUGUUGUUUACUACUGUUUGUUUACUGCCCCUGCUGAGGGCCGCACCUCUAAAGGCUGUAUAAUGCAGCGCCAGUGACAUUCAGUGCCACUGGAAAUGGCUGUGUUUUCUGCAGCAGAGCAAUAAGGGCUGACAACAGAGAGGAGACUAAUGUGGAUAAUGCAGCAGGCUGCCGGGAAAAGGGGCGGAUGGAGCACAAAACUGUCAAAAUUGAUGUUUGUGCUUGUUUUUCUUCAGUAAAUUGGUAUCCAGUCCUUUUUUUCCCCUCAGCACAACUUGA